UCACCACUCCAUCUACACAAACACCAAACACCAUGGCCAAGAUUCAAGUUUUCACUGACUUUGACGGUACUCUCUCUUUGGACGACACCGGUCUUAUGUUGAUCGAUGAUCACCGUUCCCUUGGUCCCGAGCGUCGUCGUGUCAUUGAACACGCCAUCUUGAACGAUGAAAUGACCUACAGGGACGGUCUUACUGAAAUGUGGGCCGCUGUACACAUCAGCUGGGAAGAAGCCUGGGCUGAGUACUUGGACGACUGCAAAAUUGAUCCCGGUUUCCCCGACUUCAACGAGUUUUGUCGUGAGCGCAACUUCCCAGUGACCAUCAUCAGCAGUGGUCUCUACCCCUUGUUGUCAAAGAUCAUGACCAACUUCCUUGGUGAAAAGGCAAAGGACAUCAAGAUCAUCUCCAACGAUGGCGAGUGCGUUGACCGUAACUGGAAGAUCGUCUACCGUGAUGACUCUGUGUACGGUAACGACAAGUCGCGCACUCUUCAAGCUGCUCGUGAGGCCGCUUCGCCCGACACCAUCUUUGUCUUCUGCGGCGACGGCGUCUCGGACAUUUCGGCUGCCAAACACGCCGAUGUUCUUUUCGCCCGCAAGGACCGUGACUUGGAAACCUACUGCAACAUGCACAAGAUCCCCUUCAUUGCUUUCGAUACCUUUGCUGAGGUCCACGCUGUCGUCAAGAAGUUGGCUGAUGGCAAGGCAAAGAUCGAAAAGGACGAGAAGACCGGCUUCUGCAACGUCAUUGACCUGUAAAUAGAUUUAACCCACUUGAAAAACUUCCUCUUUCUUAACUGCCAUCCCCCGAAAAAAAAACCCUGUUCUUUUUUGCCAUACUACUACACACAAAUACGCAACAGCCUCUCCCUUUCUCUCACUCCUUUUCAUACCAAUAGAGAAAACAUAUAAGUUGAUUUACAAGUUCCAAGAACCUAGCCUUCUCAGAUGCUCCUGUUAUUUUCGGUUUUACACAUUCAAAGCUCGCUCGUUUUCGCAUAGAUAAAGUUUGGGCGCUCUUUAUAUAUCGAUGUGAGAGUUUCGCUUCAGCAACAUGUAUCAUCCAUAAAAUACACUACUGUCUUCCCAUACAGCCAAGCCAACUUGAUAUAAAGUUAAAAGCGUGUUUACGAUCCGAUUAAGGAACAUGGCAUGUCAUUGCCUAUUCAACACGAUGCUGACGAGCAACGUAACCGAUAUUAU